AUGUUAAGUGAAACAAUUCCGUGGAAGUAUAACACAAUCAACAGAUCUGAAGACAUGAUGCAUAUUCUGUUGAUUGUUAAUACUCUUGAACUAUUUAAAAAGUGUCUUGGAGAAUUUCUUCCAAUAGAUCUAGACCAUAACAGAUCUGACCCAGGAAGACUUGGAAAAUAA